CCUCCUUCCUUCCUCCUCCCUCCUCUGUCCCCUCCCCUCCUCUUCCUCUCGCCCUUCCUCUCUCCCUCUCUUUUUAAGCGGGCCCCCUCCGCGCUGAUUGGGCGCCCGGCCGCACUGUGACCGCCCUGCCGCUAUGUCAGCCUGCCCGCCGCAGCCCCGCGCCUUUGAACUGCCCCGCACCGCCCCGCGUCCCCACCGCCGGCCCGGUGCUGCGCCCGGCGGCUCCCCGCCCGCCUAGUGCCCGCCGGGCCCCGCGGGCCUCCGCUCCGCGCCGCUCCGCGCUGCUCCGCGCCCCGCCCCGGCACGGCUCCCGCCGGGGACGGCCUUGGCGGAGGACCUGUGAUGAUCAGCUGAGCCCGCUCCUGCCGCUCCUCCGGCUCCUCCGGCCUUCUCCCGCCGUUCUUCCUCGUCCUCCUCCUCGUCGUCCUGCCGCCGCCGUCCGGCGCCCCCAGCCGCCGCGCCGCGCCCCGCAGAGCCGCCCGCCCGCCCGCCGCCCGGCCGAAGCAUGUCCAAGCCCAGCGACCACAUCAAGCGCCCCAUGAACGCCUUCAUGGUGUGGUCCCGCGGCCAACGGCGCAAGAUGGCCCAGGAGAACCCCAAAAUGCACAACUCGGAGAUUAGCAAGCGGCUGGGCGCGGAGUGGAAGUUGCUCUCCGAGGCGGAGAAGCGCCCGUACAUCGACGAGGCCAAGCGGCUGCGGGCGCAGCACAUGAAGGAGCAUCCCGACUACAAGUACCGGCCCCGGCGCAAGCCCAAGAACCUGCUGAAAAAGGACAGGCAUGACCAAGACUGGGAUAGACCCCUAUUCUUCAGCACACGCGACUGCCAUGUAACACCCACCCACCCACCCGCACCCCCACAGGCGCGUGUGUGUGUGCGUGCGUGUGCCCCCCACCCCGGCCGGCAGCUGGAACUGGGAUUCCUCCGUGUGUGCAUGUACAUAAAAGCUGCAGGAGCAAAAAGGCCACCCGAACCAGGACUCUGCCGCCCGCCGCCGGGCCGGGACAGACGCGGACGCUGCCUCGGAGAUGCUCUCGCCUAAAGCUCGCCACGAGAGCUGGCCCCAGGCUCGGGGGGGAUCUGCAAUCGCGGGGGCAGAUAGGAGCCCGGCACUUGUAAGAGUUGUAAAUGUGUUUAAAAACAGAAAAGAAAAGCGAACCUUGAACUGCCCUUUCGGGACAAAGCGGGGAGGAGAAGAGAAAAAGACAAAAAAAAAAAAAAAAAAAAAAAAAAAAAAAAAGGAAAGAGAGAGGCGGUUUCGAUUUUUAUUUAUUCUCUUAAUGUCUAUGAGUUCUCCAGGGUCUCAUGUCACUUGGACUUGACUUUGGGAAGUCCCGGUCUUACUCUGAUUUUAUUUUUUUUUCCCUCGUUGUUUUUCCUUUUGCACAUUGAAAAACGAGAUCAGCUGUGUUAUAUAUAUAUAAAUAUAUAUAUAUUUUGCCACCACGUACUACUAGGUAAAAUUGCUUUUCAUGUCAGAAAAAAAGGCUCUUCAAAGUUAAAAAAGAAAAAAAAAGAAAAAAAAAGUCGGGGAGAAACAUUUAUAUUUAAAACCUAUGAUAGUGUUUGCUUAAUUUAAAACAGAUAGUCCUUAAAUUUGUGUGAUCCAGUGAGACUAGAUCUAAGUUUACUUUAGACAGAGCGUCAGGUAUGAAGUCAGGCAGUAGAAUUGUAAAAAAAUUAAUACUACUACUACUAAUAAUAACGAAAAACCGAAUAAAAACCGAUGGCAAUUUAAAUAUGUUUUCACAAUGUCUUGGGCAAGAAGAAACAGAAACUAAGAUGUAUCCGGCAGGAUUUUACCUCGUUAAACCUUUUCAUUUGUUGAACAAAGACGUUUUGAAUAAAGACAAUCUGUCAUCAAA